AUAGAAGUAAAUACUGAGAAUUCAUUUAUAACUACUAAUGAACUAAAUGGUAUUCAACUUCAAGUAACUAAGAAAGUUAAUAAAUUUUUAGAACAAAAUAUGACCAAUAUGCUGCCUACUGAUCAAAAAAUCAUAGAUUUAGCAAGUGAAGAAGUUAUAAACCAGAAACCUGCAGAUUCUAAUAAUGAAGAGUAUAAGGUUACAAAAAAAGAAGCAUUGGAUGCAUUUGAUACAUUUUCUUUAUAUUUCUUGUAA